AACCAGACUACCUACCCACAGUACAGCACGGCAAUAACACGUGAAAGCCUCUGAGAGAAGGGAGGCAGGCAUCUUCCACUUUGUCACACUUCGCACGUUGAUAGACCCCAUCGUCACGUCUGGUCUUGUAACUCUAGGAAACCUCACAUACAUCCUCCUUCGCCGUAGCACAUCCCGUAACAGCGACAUCAUGGCUACCGAAACUCAGGGCACCUUUGAGGUGGACGGUCACAAGUUACAUAGCACAACAUGGACGCCGCAAGGCCCGAUCAAGGCUAAGCUCAUCUUCGUCCAUGGCUUCAGCGACCACGUAGGCCGCUACCACGAGCUGUUCCCGUACCUCGCGAGCCGCGGCAUCCAGGUCUUCAGCUGGGACCAGCGUGGAUGGGGCCGCAGCGCCCCAAAACCCGCCGAUAGGGGCCUCACGGGCUCGACAUCGCGCGUGAUCGCCGACGUGGCCGCCUUCAUCCGCGAUAAAAUUCCGUCCUCGCCCUCGGCGGACGCGAAUGCACCCGUCUUCGUGAUGGGUCACUCCAUGGGCGGCGGCCAGGUCCUCGUGCUAGCGAGCAAGCCGCAGUACAACGAUCUCGUCGCCCAGGUGCGUGGGUGGCUCCUCGAGAGCCCCUUCAUUGCCUUCACGCCCGGUCAAGAGCCCAGCUUCCUCAAGGUCUUCUUCGGCAAGCUCGCGAGCCGCGUGCUGCCGCGCCAACAGCUCGUCAACGAGAUUCCCGCAGAGCACCUCACGCGCGACCCGGCGGUGCAGCAGAGCAUCCGCGACGAUGACAUGUUGCACAACACAGGCACACUGGAAGGGCUCGCGGGUAUGCUCGAGAGAACAGACGCGCUCGCUAACGGCAAGAUGCGACUCAGCCCAGAGGUUAAGAGCCUGUGGCUCGGCCACGGCACUGAGGACAAGACGACGUGCUUCCACGCCAGCAAGAAGUGGCUCGGCGCCCAGAGCAUCGACGACAGCACGCACAAGCCGUACGAGGGCGCGUACCAUCAGCUGCACGCGGACUUGUGCAAGGACGAGUUCUUCAAGGAUGUCGGAGACUGGAUCCUCGAGAGGGCCGGGGAGACUGUGGCGAGGCCCGAGUCCAAGCUGUAGGAGGCUGGGCAGGGCUGCAUUUUUUCUGGUGUAGGUGUGUGUAGUUUUUUUCUUCUGAUUAUUUUGUGACAUUUCGCUGGUCAUAAGACGUAUCGAUUCAGUGAGUUAGGCCCGGCCUUGAGCAAGUAACACCCUUGACUCCCAUAGACGGGAUCGGCAUCAUGCCCCUAGAUCCAUUUCUUGAUCGAAUAUGCCCUUCCCAAGCCGGCUGU